AUGGUGCACUUAUCUGGAGUCGCCCCACGGCAGGGCGGGAAGAAGACAGCGACCGAGCAAGUGCACCGCCGCAGUUCGAUCGUGCCUGGCCUUGAGCAUAUCUCGCUGGAGGCUCCUGGUGAAGAUGAGUUCUCGACAUCGGUCUAUGGGUCUCGUUUCGCCGCGGAAGACCUCCCCUCACAUGAGAUGCCUGAGAAGGAGAUGCCUAAAGAGAUUGCCUACCGCAUGAUCAAGGACGAACUUAGCCUGGACGGCAAUCCCAUGCUGAACCUGGCUAGCUUCGUAACGACAUUCAUGGAAGAUGAAGCAGAGAAGCUCAUGACCGAUGCGUUCAGCAAGAACUUCAUCGACUAUGAGGAAUACCCUCAGACAGCCGAACUGCAAAACCGCUGCGUCAACAUGAUCGCCCGCCUCUACAACGCCCCUGACGCCCCACAGGGCCAGAACGCCAUGGGAACCUCCACCGUCGGCUCCAGCGAAGCCAUCAUGCUUGCCGUCCUCGCCAUGAAGAAGAGGUGGGCAAACAAGCGCAAAGCCGAGGGCAAAGACUUCUCUCGCCCGAACAUCGUCAUGAACUCUGCAGUCCAGGUCUGCUGGGAGAAGGCGGCGAGAUACUUUGACGUUGAGGAGAAGUGGGUGUACUGCACCACAGACCGCUAUGUCAUUGAUCCCGAAGAGGCGGUCAGCUUGGUCGACGAGAACACAAUUGGCAUCUGUACGAUUCUGGGCCUGACGUACACGGGUGAGUAUGAGGAUACACAGAAGAUCAACGAUCUUCUCGUCGCUAACAAGAUCGACUGCCCCAUCCACGUGGACGCGGCUUCUGGCGGUUUCGUCGCUCCAUUCGUGAACCCCAACCUGAAGUGGGACUUCCGGCUCGAGAAGGUGGUCAGCAUCAAUGUUUCUGGCCACAAGUAUGGUCUGGUAUACCCUGGCGUCGGAUGGGUCGUGUGGCGCUCACCAGAGUAUCUUCCCCAAGAGCUCAUCUUCAACAUCAACUAUCUGGGAGCCGAUCAGGCAUCCUUCACGCUCAACUUCAGCAAAGGCGCUUCACACGUUAUUGCUCAGUAUUAUCAGAUGAUCCGCUUGGGUAAGCGUGGCUAUCGGAGCAUCAUGCUCAACUUGACUCGCACUGCCGACUACCUGUCCGCACAGCUUCAAGAGCUUGGAUUCAUUAUCAUGUCUGUCGGCGGUGGGCGAGGCCUGCCGCUCGUUGCGUUCCGCCUCGAUGACGACGAUGACAACCUAUUCGACGAGUUCGCGCUCGCCCACCAACUGCGUGAGAGAGGCUGGGUUGUGCCAGCGUACACAAUGGCACCUCAUUCCGAGAAACUCAAGAUGAUGCGUGUGGUUGUCCGAGAGGAUUUCAGCAAGCAGCGCUGCGAUGCCCUGGUGAUAGAUAUCCGGAUGGCGCUGAAGGUGUUGGGUGAAAUGGACAAGAAAACCAUGGAGCGAUACCAGAGUCACGUUCAGAAGCACACUCAGUUGGGUAGGGCAGCCCGCGCUCAGACCUUUAAACUGGAUGAGGCUCAUUCUCUCCAGGCCAAACACGGAAAGACACACAGUGUAUGCUAG